AUGGCCGUGUUCGACGCCCUUCGCUACCUGUCUAACUAUCUGUACGACGCCCAUAUGCAAUCGCGGCACCACCUCGCCGACCUGUACGAACUUGUACAAUAUGCCGGGAAUAUCGUCCCCAGACUCUACCUCAUGAUAACUGUCGGCUCGGUGUACAUGUCGGUUCCUGAUGCGCCAGUGAAAGAGAUCAUGAAGGAUAUGAUGGAAAUGUCGAGGGGUGUGUUACACCCGAUAAGAGGUCUGUUCUUGCGCCAUUACCUUAGUGGGCAGACGAGGAGCCAUCUUCCAGUUGGGAAUGAUGACGGACCCGGCGGGAACCUGGCAGACUCUAUCGACUUCGUCCUCACUAACUUCAUGGAGAUGAACAAGCUAUGGGUACGGCUUCAGCACCAAGGACAUUCCCGCGACCGCGAGAAGCGCGAAAUGGAGAGGAAGGAACUGCGUAUCUUGGUUGGCACAAAUCUCGUCCGCCUAAGUCAGCUCGACGGAGUGGACCUGGAAAUGUAUCAGAAGACCAUCCUCCCGAGCAUACUUGAGCAGAUCGUCGUGUGCAAGGACGUCAUCGCACAGGAGUAUUUGAUGGAAGUAGUGAUUCAGGUGUUCACAGACGAGUUCCACCUCUAUACGCUCGGUCCAUUCCUAUCUGCUACGGCCCAGCUACACCCGAAAGUGAACAUCAAGCAGAUAGUCAUUGCAUUAAUUGACCGCCUCGCGGCGUAUGCGGCUCGUGAAGCAGAGAACGAGGAUCCCGAAGAGACCAAGAGGCAGGAGGAGGCUGCCGCUAAACGACUGGCCGAGAAGGUGAAGUCGCAGAGGACGAAAGUGCGGGAGAACGGGAACGGCGUAACAUCGCCUACAGUCGCGGGCGCGGAUGCCUGGGGCUCCCCGCCUGCGAGCCCAACCAAUGCCUUGCCGGAGAAGGAAUUCGGUAGCAUGAGCCUCGAUGGCAGUGCGACCGAGGCCAAUGGGGAGAAGGUGGAUAAGGGCAAAGAGAAGGCUGCUGAUGGAGGAGAACCAGUUGUUCGGAAGUUCAGAGGUAUUCCGGAGAAUGUGAAGCUGUUCGAGGUGUUUUGGAAACAAGUGGUGGACCUGAUUAAGGCUCGGCCAGACUUGUCAAUACAGGAUAUCACGGCGCUCCUGGUUUCGUUGACCAACCUUUCCGUUAGCUGUUAUCCUGACAGGUUAGAAUAUGUCGACCAAGUUCUUGGAUAUGCGCAAGAGAAGAUCAAGGAGUUCGCAGACAGUCCGGAUCUCCAUGCACCUCAAACAAUCACCAACCUCGCUGCCCUCCUAAUAGCACCCAUUAACUCAUACCAAUCCGUCCUUACCCUCCUUGCGCUCCCCAGAUAUACCCCUCUCCUCUCACUGCAAUCCUUCUCCACGCGCCGCUCCAUUGCGCAUUCUAUCAUUUCAUCCGUCCUGAAGAACGAGACGAUUAUCGAGACGCCGGAAGACGUCGACGGUGUGCUAGAGCUCUGCCAUGUACUAAUACGAGACCAGUCGGAUAUGGGGCCGGGCGGACCGAAUGCGGUACCGCCCUCGGCGAAGGAUGGCAGGAGGCUCGGAUCGUACUAUCUGGAGAGGGAGGAGAUGGCGGAAGAGCAGGGGUGGGUGGCGAGGAUGGUGCACUUAUUCCGCGCAGAGUCGUUGGAUGUGCAGUUUGAGCUUCUGCAAACGGCACGGAGACAUUUCGAGCUCGGCGGUGAGCGGAUGCGGUACACAUACCCGGCCCUUAUUACCGCUACAAUCAAGUUGUGCCGACGGUACAAGAAUCGGGAGGAUGUGGAGGAGGACUGGAAGACCAAGGUCGAAACCAUCCUCAAGUUCGCGCGGCAACUAGCGGCUAUCCUUGCGACGCAAGUCGAAGCCCCCGCUAUUGCCCUCCGGCUCUACCUCCUCGCCGCACAAAUAUCGGACGAGUGCGGAUUCGAAGACCUCACGUACGACCUGUACGUGCAAGCGUUCACGGUGUACGAGGAGAGCAUCUCGGAAAGCCGCGCGCAGCUGCAGGCGAUCACGCUGAUCAUCGGCACACUGCAGGGCGCCCGCGUGUUCGGCGUGGACAACUACGAUACGCUGAUCACAAAGGCGGCGCUGCACGGUGCAAAGCUGCUGAAGAAGUCGCACCAGGCGACAGCGGUGAAUUUGGCGAGCCAUUUGUGGUGGCAGGAGCCGGGGCCCGAUGAGGAGCCCGCGAAAGAGGAGGCGCCCAAAGCGAAUGGAGAGGGGAAGGAGGACGGGGUGGCAGGUGCUGAUACGACGAGAGCGUAUCCUCAUCAGGAUAGCAAACGGGUACUGGAGUGCCUGCAGAAGGCACUGCGGAUUGCCAACUCUGCUAUCGAGGAGAUCGUCACAGUACAGCUGUACUGCGACACCCUGGAUCAGUAUCUGUUCUACCUAGACCGGGGUGCUCCAGCGAUCACGCCGAAAUUCGUGAACAGUCUCGUCGAGUUGAUCACCUCCAGCAUCGACAACAUCGCAUCGCCCGAUGUACACCCGUCGCAGCGCGCGCCGCCGGGCCUCCUCGAGGGCGUGCAGACGCCCGAGAUGAUCUCGCGGCACUUCCGGAACACGCUGUACUACAUACAGACGAAAAAGAACGCCGCGGCGGGGACAAGGUGGGACGACGUGGAGGUCGUGGGGGCGCUGUUGAAGAUGGGGAUUACGCAGCGAUGA